GUCACACUGCUUUUUGAGUCAGCUGCUGCCCUUGUAGUUUUGCAAUUUCAUUGAAAUUUUUAAUUGCCAAAGUAUUUAAAGACAGCUUAACCCGGUGCCGGAACAUGCCGAACGACAAUGCGGAGGACCAGCCUGGCCAGGAGUUAAAGCAGAAGGCCAAGGCGAUGGCCGCCGCCACAGAAGAAAUGCUGGAAAACGCUGUUGCCGGCUUAAAGAUCUCGGAACCGGGAUCGGCAUUGGAUUUGGUUGAAGCCGAGGAAUCGGAGCAGGCGGACGAGCAGCCCAAGACGGAGGCCUCAGUGUCCGCAGAUGCAAGCAAGCAGGCCUUGCUACAGGCCGUCUCCGAGGCGAUGGCCAACACUCGCCAGAUGGCCAAGAAGUUUGCCUUUUGGUCCACACAGCCGGUACCUAAGCUGGAUGAGCAGGUGACCACCAACGAGUGCAUCGAGCCGAACAAGGAGGUUAGUGAAAUCCGAGCAGAGCCAUACACUCUGCCUGGUGGCUUCAAGUGGGUGACCCUGGACCUGAACGAUGCCAAUGACCUCAAGGAGCUGUAUACCCUGCUGAACGAGAAUUAUGUUGAGGAUGACGAUGCCAUGUUCCGUUUCGACUAUCAGCCGGAAUUCCUUAAGUGGUCGCUGCAGCCGCCGGGCUGGAAACGCGAUUGGCACGUCGGCGUUCGCGUGGAGAAGUCCAGCAAGCUGGUCGGCUUCAUCUCGGCCAUACCCAGCAAGCUUAAGGCCUACGACAAGGUGCUCAAGGUGGUGGACAUCAACUUCCUUUGCGUGCACAAGAAACUGCGCAGCAAGCGUGUAGCACCGGUACUAAUCCGAGAGAUCACACGUCGGGUCAAUCUGACGGGGAUAUUCCAGGCUGCCUACACGGCCGGUGUGGUGCUGCCGACGCCCGUGGCCACUUGUCGCUACUGGCACCGCUCGCUGAACCCCAAAAAGCUGGUGGAUGUGCGCUUCUCGCAUCUGGCCCGCAACAUGACGAUGCAGCGCACGAUGAAGCUAUACAAACUGCCCGAUCAGCCCAAGACCAAGGGUUAUCGCCGGAUCACGGCCAAGGACAUGGACAAAGCGCACAAGCUGCUGGAGGACUAUCUGAAGCGGUUUCAGCUCUGCCCAGUUUUCAGCAAGGAGGAGUUCCGUCACUGGUUCACGCCCAAGGAAGGUAUCAUCGACUGCUUCGUGGUGGCGGACGAGAAGGGCAACAUCACGGACCUGACCAGCUACUACUGUCUGCCAUCUUCGGUGAUGCACCAUCCGGUGCACAAGACGGUGCGCGCCGCCUACUCCUUCUACAACGUGUCUACGAAGACACCGUGGCUGGAUCUGAUGAACGACGCCCUGAUCUCGGCUCGAAAUGUCCAGAUGGAUGUCUACAAUGCCCUCGACCUUAUGGAGAACAAGAAGUACUUUGCACCACUUAAGUUUGGAGCUGGUGACGGCAACCUGCAGUACUAUCUGUACAACUGGCGCUGCCCAUCGAUGCAGCCGGAGGAGAUUGCCCUGAUACUCAUGUAGGCGCUUGCCCCCUCCUCCAUCAGCACCACUGUUUACAUUCUCGCCCUUCUUUUCGUCCUGCCUUUCCUCAUCCCUGCGCCUGCUUCUCCUACUCCAUCGCUUUAUUCUCCGACUUUUUGAAUCGUAUUUUUUGUAAUCUUGAGUUGUUUUUCUAGCAAGGGAAGCCCCUUGCGAGUCACAUUUACCUAUGUAGCAUCAUUGUGAGAACUGCAUUUUGCAACGGCCAAGCUUGGAUAUUUUUUACUACAAAUAAAAACAAAACGAACACACAGUC